AGGAAGAAGAAAGACAUAAGCGCAAAGAUCUCUUCACAUUCUCCAGGACGGCAGUGCCAAAUAUCAGCACGGAUCUUCUUGAGAAAGGAUGUAGACCUUAAUCUGAAUUUUGAACCAUCACUGAGGUGGCCCGCCGGCUUCUGAGCCUUCGGCCCCGCGGGGACCCGAUCUGCGCCCUGCCGGCGGCCUCGGACCAUGACCAUGACCCUUCACACCAAAGCGUCCGGGAUGGCCCUUCUGCACCAGAUCCAGGGGAACGAGCUGGAGCCCCUGAACCGUCCGCAGCUCAAGAUCCCCCUGGAGCGGCCCCUGGGCGAGGUGUACGUGGACAGCAGCAAGCCCGCCGUGUACAACUACCCCGAGGGCACCGCCUACGAGUUCAACGCCGCGGCCGCUGCCAACACGCAGGUCUACGGCCAGUCGGGCCUCCCUUACGGCCCCGGGUCCGAGGCGGCGGCGUUCGGCUCCAACGGCCUGGGGGGGUUCCCCACACUCAACAGCGUGUCUCCGAGCCCGCUGAUGCUGCUGCACCCGCCGCCGCAGCUGUCGCCCUUCCUGCAGCCCCACGGCCAGCAGGUGCCCUACUACCUGGAGAACGAGCCCAGCGGCUACACGGUGCGCGAGGCCGGCCCGCCGGCGUUCUACAGGCCAAAUUCAGAUAAUCGACGCCAGGGUGGCAGAGAGAGAUUGGCCAGUACCAAUGACAAGGGAAGUAUGGCUAUGGAAUCUGCCAAGGAGACUCGCUACUGUGCAGUGUGCAAUGACUAUGCUUCAGGCUACCAUUAUGGAGUCUGGUCCUGUGAGGGCUGCAAGGCCUUCUUCAAGAGAAGUAUUCAAGGACAUAACGACUACAUGUGUCCAGCUACCAACCAGUGCACCAUUGAUAAAAACCGGAGGAAGAGCUGCCAGGCCUGCCGGCUCCGCAAGUGCUACGAAGUGGGGAUGAUGAAAGGUGGGAUACGAAAAGACCGAAGAGGAGGGAGAAUGUUGAAACACAAGCGCCAGAGAGAUGAUGGGGAGGGCAGGAAUGAAGUGGGGUCCACUGGAGACAUGAGAGCUGCCAACCUUUGGCCAAGCCCGCUCAUGAUCAAGCACUCUAAGAAGAACAGCCCAGCCUUGUCACUGACGGCCGACCAGAUGGUCAGUGCCUUGUUGGAUGCUGAGCCCCCCAUAAUCUAUUCCGAGUACGAUCCUACGAGACCCUUCAGUGAGGCUUCAAUGAUGGGCUUACUGACCAACCUGGCAGACAGGGAGCUGGUUCACAUGAUCAACUGGGCAAAGAGGGUACCAGGCUUUGUGGAUUUGACCCUCCAUGAUCAGGUCCACCUUCUAGAAUGUGCCUGGCUAGAGAUCCUGAUGAUUGGUCUCGUCUGGCGCUCCAUGGAGCACCCAGGGAAACUCCUGUUUGCUCCUAACUUGCUCUUGGACAGGAACCAGGGAAAAUGUGUAGAGGGCAUGGUGGAGAUCUUUGACAUGUUGCUGGCUACAUCAUCUCGGUUCCGCAUGAUGAAUCUGCAGGGAGAGGAGUUUGUGUGCCUCAAAUCUAUUAUUUUGCUUAAUUCUGGAGUGUACACAUUUCUGUCCAGCACCCUGAAGUCUCUGGAAGAGAAGGACCAUAUCCACCGAGUCCUGGACAAGAUCACAGACACUCUGAUCCACCUGAUGGCCAAGGCAGGCCUGACCUUGCAGCAGCAGCACCGGCGGCUGGCCCAGCUCCUCCUCAUCCUCUCCCACAUCAGGCACAUGAGUAACAAAGGCAUGGAGCAUCUGUACAGCAUGAAGUGCAAGAACGUGGUACCCCUCUAUGACCUGCUGCUGGAGAUGCUGGACGCCCACCGCCUCCACGCACCCACUAACCGCACAGGGGUGCCCAUGGAGGACACGGACCAAAGCCACUUGGCCACUGCAGGCUCUACUUCAUCGCAUUCCUUGCAAAAGUAUUAUAUCACGGGGGAGGGAGAGGGUUUCCCCACCACAAUCUGAGAGCUCCCCGGCUCCCCGCAAGGGUCAGAGAACCCCUGCAGCAUUUUACCCUCAUCAUGCACCACUUUAGCCAAAUUCUGUCUCCUGCAUACACUCCAGCAUGCAUCCACCACCAACGGCUUUCUAGAUGAGUGGCCAUUCACUUGCUUGCUCCGGUCUUAGUGGCACAUCUGUCGUCUUCUGUUGGGAACAGCCAAAGGGAUUCCAGGGCUAAAUCUUCAUAAUAGCGCUCUUUCCCCCUUUGUUAUGUUACUAAGCGUGAAGAUUCCUGUAGCUCUUCACAGCUGAACUCAGUCUGUGGAUUGGGGAUCAGAUGACUCUGUGCAUUUAAGCUACUUGUAGAGACCCAGGCCUGGAGAGCAGUCAUUUUGCCUCUGAUAAGCACUUUUUAAAUGGCUGUAAGAAUAAGCCACAGCAAAGAAUUUAAAGUGGCUCCUUUAAUUGGCGACUUGGAGUAAGCUAGGUCAAGGGUUUAUUUUAGCAUCCUCUUUUAUUCCUAUGGCAAUGCAUCAUUUUAUGAAAGUGGUACACCUUAAAGCUUUUAUAUAACCGUAGCAGAGUAUCUGGUGAUUUUCAAUUCAUUUCCCCUAUAGGAAUACAAGAGGCACACAACGAAGGCAGAUACCCUAGUAGACAAGACUAUUUUAACUUGAUGCACUGCAGCUUCAGAUGUACCGAAAGCUCUGCCACUGGCUUUCCAGUCGUGGGUUCCAGUUAACGCGUGCUUCCCAUGGACCUAUGGAAAGCAGCAAGUUGAUCUUACUUAAGUCUCCCUAUAUGAGGGAUGAGUUCUUGAUUUUUUGUUUUUACUUUUGUGUUAUAAAAGGAAGCCCUCCUUUCCUAAACAUGCAGUAAAGUCAGCUUCAGGACCUGUUCUGGUGGGCGCUGUGCUUGGAUCUUUCCAACAUGUGUGUGCCUUACACAGCGGUGGACUUUUCACUGUGGCGAUGCAUGAUGAAGGUAAAAGGUAGUUUAAAGGAGCAGGGGCCCCGGUGAUGCAUUUAGCCCUGGGGCAUGGAGCCAAACAGUGCAUGAGCAGGAUCGUUGUGGCUACUAGAGAACAAGAGGGAAAGCAGGGCAGAAACUGGAUACAGUUCUGAGGCACAGCCAGACUUGCUCAGGGUGGCCCUGCCGCAGGCUGCAGCUACCUAGUAACAUUCCUUGCAGACCCUUCAUUGCCUUUUGGGGCUGCCCUGGGAUCUCUGGGGUAGUCCAGCUCUUCUUCAUUUCCCAGCGUGGCCCUGAUUGGAAGAAGUAGCUGUCACAGCUGCCAUAGACAACUGUGUUCCUACAAUUGGCCCAGCACCCAGGGGCAGGGGAAGAGGGUGGGGACCGUUGAUGUCACUACUCAGGCUGACUGGGUCCUGGUCAGAUUACAUAUGCCCCUGGUUGUUCAGAGCUAAUCCAAAAUCAGGGUUUGGUUUUGAGAAGAAAAUACCCCCUUUCUCCCCUCCCCAUUGUCUCCCCGCCUGCUAGCUCAUUUCCUUCAAUUUCCUUUGACCUAUGGGCUAAAAAAGAAAGGCUCAUUCCAGCCACAGGGCAGCCUUCCCUGGGCCUUUGCUUCUCUAGCACAAUUAUGGGUUACUUCCUUUUUUCGUAACAAAAAAGAGUGUUUGAUUUUUCUCCGGGGUGACCGUAUUGCCUAUAAUUCAAACCCUAUGGAGAGGUGAUGUAUGUGUUAGCCAAUGACCCAGGUGAGCUGCUAGGGCUUCUCUUGGUAUGUCUUGUUUGGAAAAGUGGAUUUUAUUAAUUUCUGAUUGUCCAGUUAAGUGAUCACCAAAGGACUGAGAAUCUGGGAAGGCAAAAAAAAAAAAAAAAAAAAAAAAAAAAAAAAAAAAAGAAAAAAAAAAAAAAAAGAAAAAAGUUUUUAUGUGCACUUAAAUUUGGGGACAAUUUUAUGUAUCUGUGUUAAGAAUAAGUUUAAGAACAUAAUUCUUUUGUUGCUGUUUGUUUAAGAAGCACCUUAGUUUGUUUAAGAAGCACCUUAUAUAGUAUAAUAUAUAUUUUUUUGAAAUUACAUUGCUUGUUUAUCAGACAAUUGAAUGUAGUAAUUUUGUUCUGGAUUUAAUUUGACUGGGUUAACAUGCAAAAGCCAAGGAAAAAUAUUUAGUUUUUUUGUAUACUUUUCAAGCUACCUUGUCAUGUAUACAGUCACUGAUGCCUAAAGCCUGGUGAUUAUUCAUUUAAAUGAAGAUCACAUUUCAUAUCAACUUUUGUAUCCACAGUAGACAAAAUAGCACUAAUCCAGAUGCCUAUUGUUGGAUGUUGAAUGACAGACAAUCUUAAUGUAGCAAAGAUUAUGCCUGAAAAGGAAAAUUAUUCAGGGCAGCUAAUUUUGCUUUUACCAAAAUAUCAGUAGUAAUAUUUUUGGACAGUAGCUAAUGGGUCAGUGGGUUCUUUUUAAUGUUUAUACUUAGAUUUUCUUUUAAAAAAAUUAAAAUAAAACAAAAAAAAUUUCUAGGACUAGAUGAUGUAAUACCAGCUAAAGCCAAACAAUUAUACAGUGGAAGGUUUUACAUUAUUCAUUUAAUGUGUUUGUAUUCAUGUUAAGAUACUACUAUGUUUGAAAUGGGCAGAGAACAUCAGAUGACUGAAAUGUUAGCCCAGGGGUCUCCAGCAACUUUGGAAAUCUCUUUGUAUUCUUACUUGAAGUGCCACUAAUGGACAGCAGAUAGUUUCCAGCUGAUGUUGGUAUUGGGUGUAGGAAUAGGAUAGAAAACUCUUGCCUCUGCUUUUCCCCCGCUCUGAGGCAAGUUAAAAUUUAAAAGAUGUGAUUUAUCUGGGGGCUCAGGGUAUGGUGGGGAAGUGGAUUCAGGAAUUUGGGAAAUGGCAAAUAUAAUAAGAAAAAUAUUGAAAGUAUUUGGAGGCAAAUUAAUUCUGGCACCUGGGGUGUGCAUCAGGGUUCAGUAGUCCACUUCUGCCCUGGACACCACAAAUAAACUAGCUCCAUUUACAGCCAUUUCUAAAAUAGCAGCUUCAGUUCUAGAGAAGAAAGAACAUCAGCAGUAAAGUCCAAGGAAUAGCUAGUGGUCUGUGUUUAUUUUACCCAUUGCCUAGCUUGCCGUACUGAUUCUGUAAUGCCAUCAAUGCAGCAAUUAUGAGAGGCUAGGUCAUCCAAAGAGAAGACCCUAUCAAUGUAGGUUGCAAAAUCUAACCCCUAAGGAAGUGCAGUCUUUGAUUUGACUUCCCUAGUAACCUUGCAGUUAUGUUGAACCAUGCCAUAUUCCAUGCCUUUUGGGGGCUGAACAAAUAAGGGACUUACUGAUAAUUUACUUUUGAUCACAUUAAUGUGGUCUCAUCUUGAAAUCUUAUAGGUUGAGAUGGCCAUUGAUUUAGGCCAUUGGCUUAGGGUACUCUCUCCCCUGCAUGACACUGAUUACAAAUCCUUUCCUAUUCAUACUUUCUAAUGAUGAGAGGGACUGUGGGUACUGGGAAUCAUCACUAACACCAUAGUCAUGUCUAAUAUUCACAGGCAGAUCUGCUUGGGGAAGCUAGUUGUGUGAAAGGCAAAUAGAGUCAUACAGUAGCUCAAAAGGCGACCAUCAUUCUCUUUGGUGCAGGUCUUGGGAGGGUGAUCUAGAUGACUCUGCACCAUUCCCAGGUUAAUCCCCUGAAAACUUACUCUCAACUGAAGCAAAUGAACUGUGGUCCCAAAUAUCCAUCUUUUCAGUAGCGUUAUUAUGCUCUGUUUCUAACUGCAUUUCCUUUCCAAUUGAAUUAAAGUGUGGCCUCGUUUUUAGUCAUUUAAAAUUGUUUUCUAAGUAAUUGCUGCCUCUAUUAUGGCACUUCAAUUUUGCACUGUCUUUUGAGAUUCAAGAAAAAUUUCUAUUCUUUUUUUUUGCAUCCAAUUGUGCCUGAACUUUUAAAAUAUGUAAAUGCUGCCAUGUUCCAAACCCCAUCGUCAGUGUGUGUGUUUAGAGCUGUGCAACCUAGAAAUAACACAUUGUCCCAUGAGCAGGUGCCUGAGACACAGACCCCUUUGCAUUCAAAGAGGUCAUUGGUUAUAGAGACUUGAAUUAAUAAGUGACAUUAUGCCGGUUUAUGUUCUCUCACAGGUGAUAAACAAUGCUUUCGUGCACUACAUACUCUUCAGUGUAGAGCUCUUGUUUUAUGGGAAAAGGCUCAAAUGCCAAAUUGUGUUUGAUGGAUUAAUAUGCCCUUUUGCUGAUGCAUACUAUUACUGACGUGACUCAGUUUUGUCGCAGCUUUGCUUUGUUUAAUGAAACACACUUGUAAACCUCUUUUGCACUUUGAAAAAGAAUCCAGCAGGAUGCUCGAGCACCUGUAAACAAUUUUCUCAAUCUAUUUGAUGUUCAAAUAAAGAAUUAAACUA